GUAUCCACACUUCAUCUUCUGCUGCUGGGAACUAAGCACAAGAUGCAUCAUUCUUUGGAUAUGCUGAUGGUGCUGCGAGAGGUUCUCCUGCUGCUGCAGGAGUUUCGCUACAAGCUGAUGGUGCUGAUAUGAAGAUCCAAUUGCUAUUUGCAGUGACGGAGAGGGGUGAUUUUGUCUCUUCAUUUGCGAGGAACCAAGGACCAUACCUGAUACUUGGAAUUCCUUCUCACUACUGGGGUUGUCUUGUCGUGCAAUUAAUAUUCAUCAAAGGAAUCUUAGGAUGAAAUUCACGGGUGUUACUAGCAAGAGUCAGCAAUUCAUAGGUACUAAUAUUUCAGAAGUUGCAGGAGUUAUAUUUUGUCUCCAAUAAUAUGCAAUUCCUUGACAAUGGAUAAUUCUCCUCUGCUGGAGUAGUACUCGGUCCACUUGAAGCUCCAAAAUUGAUCAGUUAUCUGAAGGCUAAUCCUUGGCCUAUUGUGAGGCUGACAUUCUUAGAAACCCAGGGCCUACUAACUAACCUCAAAAUCCUGCUCGGAAGGAUAGUGUUGUCCAAGGUUUAUAAACUUCAUAAAUAAAGAUGGUUUAAAAAAGUUUUAAAAACUUUACACUUCCAGAUUUAUCCUGUAACUCUCAAACCAGAUAUAAGGGCAUCAUCACCAGGAAGAAAAGUUGUUUUCAUGGAUUCGUCCCAAUUUAUAACACAAACAUUUGAAUCAGAGAUACCUAUAAUGAUUUCAUCCCAGCAACUUACGGGAUCAGGUUAAGUUGAUCCUAACAAGGCUCUUAAUCCUGGCUUGGUUUAUGAUUUAAGCACCCAAGAUUAUGCAAACUACUUUGCUUAAUGAAUUGCAUCAAAGGACAGUUGUAAAUUUCUUGUUUUGUUCAGGUGCAAUGGUGGCUUUUUCAGGACUGCCAUUUUUAUGAGGCUUUCUGAAAAUCGUCUCAUGAAAUGGGAGUUGGCAAUUCUUAACUGUUCUACACUUCUUUAUCAUAAAGCUUCUCUUGCACCCUGUUCACUCUAGUCUUGUUUGUUCUGUACGUUUUAACUAUGCGAUGGAGCUAAUAACUAAGAAGCUUUCAGGUAAGUAAUACUAUCCCAAAAAAUGAUUCGGUUUAUUCCCUUGUUUUUUAUUUAGUUAACUCUAGGAACGUUAAAUUCAAAGGUAUGGAUUAGGAGGUAGACAAUAAGAUGAGGACAAAUGUGAUGAAAAAUAUUGGAGAGGAAAUCAAUGUUGAUUUAGGCUGGCAAUGAGGAACUUUGAAGGUAGAAUCCACCUUAGCAGAAGACAAGUUGGCGUACAUCAUCCACAUGGACAAAUCUGUCAUGCCGAAUACUUUUGCAAAUCAUGAGAAUUGGUACUCAUCCGUCCUCCAAUCUGCUAGUGUUUCUUCUGCUUCAUCAAAUACGGCGCCAAAUCUUCUUUACAUUUAUGACAAUGCUUUUCAUGGAUUUAGUGUGGUUCUAUCGAAAGAUGAACUAGAAUCCUUGAAAAACACUCCUGGUUUUGUCUCUGCUUAUGCAGACAAAAUGGCUAAGCUAGAUACAACACAUACAUUUGAAUUUCUAUCACUUAAUCCUUCUAAUGGUAUUUGGCCGGCGUCAAAUUACGGUGAAGAUGUCAUCAUUGGUAUGAUUGACACUGGAGUUUGGCCAGAGAGUGACAGCUUUAAAGACGAUGGAAUGACUGAAAUUCCUGCAAGGUGGAAGGGGAUUUGUGAGUCAGGUGAACAGUUCGACCCUUCAAUGUGUAAUAAGAAACUUAUCGGUGCAAGAAAAUUUAACAAGGGGGUGAUUGGAGCAAAUCCUGGGGCCAAUAUUACCAUGAACUCUCCAAGAGACGUUGAAGGUCAUGGUUCACACACUUCAUCAACUGCUGCUGGAAACUAUGUCAAAGACGUCUCAGUUCUUGGAUAUGCCAAAGGAACUGCAAGAGGAGUUGCUCCUGCUGCUAGGCUUGCAAUGUACAAAGUUCUUUGGGAAAAUGGUGAAGGCCGCUAUGCCUCUGACGUUCUUGCUGGUAUGGAUCAAGCAAUUGCUGAUGGCGUCGAUGUCAUUUCAAUUUCGAUGGGUUUUGAUAACGUCCCUAUUUAUGAAGAUCCAAUAGCGAUAGCAUCAUUUGCAGCCAUGGAAAAGGGUGUGGUUGUUUCGUCUUCUGCUGGAAAUGCAGGACCGUCUUUGAGUAGCCUUCACAAUGGGAUUCCGUGGCAGCUCACAGUUGCAGCAGGCUCUAUCGACCGCCAAUUUGGCGGAACUGUGCUUCUUGGCGAUGAAAAAAUCAUCUUUGGUUCAUCCGUAUACACCGGAACGGUAGAGGUUGUGAACAGGCCGUUUAUCUAUGACAAAGAAAUCUCAGCAUGCAAUUCAUCGGCAUUGCUGUCGAAAGUCCAGAAUUUAGUUGUCAUUUGCGAUGACACUGGUAACUUAUAUAAUCAAGUUCAGCAGCUAAUCAAUGCGAAGGUUGUCGCAGGUAUUUUUAUCACAAGCUCUUCCCCAGAACUUGAUAUUGGCGAUUUAGACUACCCCGCGGUAUUCGUUACCCAAACUGAAGCACCCAUAGUGAUCAAUUAUGCCAAGGACAAUCUAACGCCGAAAGUGACAAUACUAUUUCAACAAACCAUCUUAGGAACAAAACCUGCACCUACUGUGGCUAGUUACACCUCCAGGGGACCUUCGCCAAGCUAUCCUGGUGUCCUAAAACCAGAUCUAAUGGCACCAGGAACAAAUGUUUUGGCAGCAUGGAUUCCAGAUAGCAAAAACUCCACCAAUUUAAACAAAAAUUACAUCAUGAUCUCUGGAACAUCCAUGGCAUGUCCUCAUGCAUCAGGUGUUGCUGCGCUAAUGAAGGCUGCACACCCGGAUUGGAGUGCAGCUGCUAUCCGGUCUGCAAUGAUGACUACAGCAAACCCAUUAGAUAACACCAAUAAUCCAAUCAACGAUGAAGGUAGCAUAAAUUUAGAUCAUGCUAGUCCUCUUGCUAUGGGAUCAGGUCAAGUGGAUCCUAACAAGGCUGUUGACCCCGGUUUGGUUUAUGACUUGGGAACCCAAGAUUAUGUCAACCUUCUUUGCUCAAUGAAUUACACAAGGGAACAGAUGUUAACAAUCACCAGGUCAACGACUUACGACUGUUCUAAGCCGUCUACGGAUCUGAAUUACCCAUCUUUCAUCGUUUUGUCAGUUGAUUCUACAUCAACAGUUCAGGAAUUCCGAAGAGUAGUCACAUAUGUAGGUGACGGGCCAUCAACUUACAAAGCCAAGCUGACAGCGCCGAGGGGAUCAAAAGUCACUGUGGUACCUGAUACACUUUUGUUUAAUGCAAAGUAUGAACAACAAAGCUAUGUUCUGACAGUGUACAAGAGGAAGAAUGGGAUAAUGUCUUAUGGUUCUCUAGUUUGGUUUGAUGAAGGAGAGAAGCAUACAGUUAGAAGCCCUAUAGUAACAGUCUAGUAAAUAAUCAUAAUUCUGGUGCAGAGCUGCAAUAAUUGGUCAAAUAAAUGUUUGCUUAGCUACUCAUAUUGACUCAUGUCUUAGUACAAGUUAGUCAAUUGAUCAUGGGUUUUGAAUCGAUUUCCAAAUUGGUUCUUAUGUUUCGCAUUUACAACUAUGAACUGCUA